CUCGUCUCCAGUAGACGGGCCCCUGUGGUGGCUGUGUGCGAGCAAAAUACUAGCAGCAAGAAGCAAUCAUCCUCUCCUCGCCCCGCACCAUCUCUCCAGUCUCCAUCCUUGAUGGUCUCCUUGCUCCCCCGCGCGCCCUGCCUCGCCUCCUCCAUCCCCAAGCCCACCGCCCUUCGGCCGCCGUGCAUGGCGUCCACAUCCGCCGCGGCCCCUGCCGCUGCAGCGGCGACGGCGGAGGCGUCCGCGUCCCGGCCGCCGAGGAAGCUGCCGGUGCUGCUGUUCGACGUCAUGGACACCGUCGUCCGCGACCCCUUCUACCACCACAUACCGGCCUUCUUCCAAAUGUCAAUGAAGGAACUCCUCGAAAACAAGCAUCCAACAGCAUGGUCUGAAUUUGAGAUGGGUCUAAUUGAUGAGAAUGAACUGGCCAAAAAGUUCUUCAAUGAUGGCAGGUCUUUUGAUUUGGAAGGUGAGAAGAUCAGAUCAGGUUUGAAAGCAUGCAUGGUGAGGGCAUAUGAGUACAUCGAUGGUGUUGAAGACAUUCUUUACAGUUUGAAGCAAAAUAACUAUGAAGUGCAUGCAUUUACAAAUUAUCCAGUGUGGUACCAGUUAGUUGAGGAGAAGUUAAAGCUCUCAAAGUAUUUGUCCUGGACAUUCUGUUCAUGCACAGUUGGUAAGCGCAAACCUUCGCCUGAUUUUUAUCUACAUGCUGUGGACCACCUAAACGUUGAUCCAGCAAGCUGCAUAUUCAUUGAUGACAGGAUGACAAACAUUGAAGCAGCCCUUAGUGUAGGAAUGGUUGGUUUGCAAUUUAAAAAUGCUGAGGUGCUCAAGAAGGAUUUAUGCUCGCUUGGAGUUGAAUUUGCACCUGUGCAUGAAGGUGAAAUACAAGUCCAAUAAGGUUGCACUUUGUUAACUCUUCUGCUCAUGUGUAUAAAAUUCAUAUAUCUGACCCUUCUGUCUUCUGAACCUUGUCAAUAACAUGAAGACCCCUGAUUGUUGCAGAUAUAAACUACUAAUAUAUUUUGUUUAUUCAA